UUUCGAUCGGUUUUUGAUGCAUAAUUUCCGUUCCGGUGUUGUGGAUUUGGUGCAAAAAUUUAUUCCUUAGAACGUUUGUGCCGUUAGUUUCUUUUUGUCGUUUGCUAUCGAACGCGGCGGUAUUUUGUGUGUUAUCUCCUUUUGUGUGCUUCCAUUAACAUUUUUUGGUUCCUCGAAACUCGUUUUUUCUUCUGUGUGAAGAAAAACAGCGCAGAAAAAGAAGCAUUCACGUAGAAAACCUUUUUCCCCCGAUUAAUCAUCAGGGAAUUUUCCCGAACAAGUUGUGAGAUUUCAACUUUCAGCUUUUGAAACCAUGUCCACGGAAAAGGAAGUCGUUGAGGGGGUCGAAGUCGAGGGAGAGGAGCAUGAUGCCAACUACCAACCGCCGCCACAGAAGACCAUCGAGGAGAUCAUGGCCGCCGAUGCCGAGGACGAAAGUCUCCGGAAGUACAAAGAAGCUCUGCUGGGUGAAGCUCAAUCCGAGACAAUCGUUUAUGAUGAUUCCGACCCUCGGAAGGUCAUUGUGAAAAAGCUGUCCCUCCUCGUUGCCGAUCGGGAUCCAAUGGAGCUCGAUCUGUCGGGAGACGUUUCUAAGCUUAAGAAAAAUGUGUUUACAAUCAAGGAAGGUAUCCAGUACAAAAUUCGCAUCGAUUUUGUGGUGCAGCGGGAAAUCGUACACGGUCUGAAGUAUGUACAGAAAACGUACCGCAUGGGCGUGCCCGUGGACAAAAUGACCCAGAUGGUUGGAUCGUACCCGCCAAAGAAGGAACUCCAAAGCUACACCACCCCGUUCGAGGAAGCCCCCUCGGGGAUGAUGGCCCGGGGAACCUACUCGGUGACGUCCCUGUUCACCGAUGACGACAAGAACGAGCACCUCAAGUGGGACUGGAGUUUCGAGAUCAAAAAAGACUGGCAAUAAACAAGCCACGGGACAGAGACGGUGUUGUUUAUUGUUAUAUUAUACUUUACACAUACAUACAUACAGGUUUAAGUAACAACAAAACUUAUAUAAUCAAUGAAGAAUAUUCAUCGUGCAUGAUUCAUGGAAGGUGUCUAAAAGUGUCAAGGAAUGCAUUUGUCGGAAGAUGAUAAAACAACAAUAAAAGUGCGCGCAUUUACAGCAAUUUGUAUACACUGUGGAGAAAAUUAUAAUUGAUAAAAAUAAAACACUGUAACGUACUGCUUUCAACCAAAUCAGGAUAAAAAAAGAAUGGUGCAUUGCACCAAUGAUUUCAACAAAUUCUUCACUGGUUAGAAUGAAGAUAAAAAAAUGCUCACGGUAUGAAAUUUAUUGCUUUCAAAAUAUUAGAGUUAUGGUUCAGCCAAUGAGUAAUGCUACGCGGAAACAAAAACAAAAAUCGAUGAAUGCUUUGCUUAGGAAGGUGUGAAUGAAAGAACUGCGAUCAAUGUGGCUCUUUUGAAUUCAUGUUAGGAGUUUUUCUUCUGUGAACUGUUCGAAAUAUUGUUAACCGAUCUAGUGUUGGAUCAACCUUAAAAACUUAUCGCGGGACAGAUUAGUGAAUAUGGUAGUAUUAACUGCGGUAUUAUCCUUUCGUUUUUCUUUGCCAAGGCAUUAGCAUUCUCUCUUGAUGUAUUUUCUUAUUAGAGACUCAGUCAAAAAACGUAUUGAAAAGCGCUUAUUUCUAUUUUGUUGUGUGCGCAUAAUUCUAGGGAAAAAUAAACAAAUGUUCUGCCAAAACCCAUACAAACGUGCUUUAUCAAGCAAUAUAAAAUCACCAACGCUGUAUAACCAAACAAUUAUUGACUUAAAAAAGUAAGAACAAAACAUGUGUGUAUAUCCGAAAGUGCUACCUUUUUAUCGUAGGUUAAGGGUUAAACAGUGAAAAACACAAUAAAACAACCUGCUAGUGAGCAUUCAGAGGAAAUCUAUGAUGACGAGAUUAACUCGAAUCAUAAGCAUCUUUAUUAGGGAACCAAUCAACCGAAACCCUUUUUAUAUCACUAUUACUGCGCAAAUUGUAGGUAAAGCCGCGUAUCGACAUUGCAAUGAGAUUACAUAAAUUGAAUACUUUUCCUUUUUCCAUCAAAAGCGGUUGCAACAAGUAGUACGUAGCGUAGAACAGAUGUCAUGGAAACGCGUUUUGUUCCGAAUAAUUUUCCGUGACCGCUUCACUGCUCAAAAGAUGGUACAUAUUCCCCUGAGAAGUCAUUAUCGUUUACAGCAGACAAUCUAUUGGUUUAUGAAAUGAAUUUCUAGUUGUGAAAAUGGCUGGUAAAGAGGAGUUAUAAAUAUCGAUAUGAGUACUAUCACUAAUAUUUCCAAACUUCGGACUGUUCCUAGCAACAACAACAAAAAACAUCAAACGCAUUUACCUGUUACUACAAGCCAUUAGUUCAAUUGAUUAGCAUUUAAACCAAUAACUGCAGCAGCAAAAAAUUCAGUCAAGUGUCGCCAUAAAAUAGAGCAAAUUAUAAUCCAGUUCCAACAACCCACCCGGUGGUGGAGAUUGGUUUAGUCAAGUCAGUCAGAUAAUUGUUUUAAAGUACAUACUUAGAUGGAAAACAUACAAUCCUACAGAUGUAUUGAUAGCUCAACCACAGCACAGAAAUUCAAUAUCAACAGAACGGAAAAAGUGAGAUAGGGAAUGAAAGAGCCACUUAGAAAGGGCCGAUAGUUUUUGUGCUCAACUUGUUUCAACAAAGCAACUGGAAAUCCUAAACCGA